CUGGCUCUGCUGCGGGGCGGGCAGGGGGGUACGGAUACAGCACCGCUAUCGGUAAGGGUUAGCACUGAUAAAGGAUUUGAUGUGCUACGUGCUCCGCUCGCCCGCAGGCAGAGCCGUGCGUGCCGCUGCCGCUAUGGACAGGAACGCCAAGGAGAACCACGCCGCCUACCCCGGCCGCGCUGCUAAGGUUGCAAAUCCCAUCGGGGAUGCCCCCAGACGUGUCCCUGUGUCCCAGCAUUCAGCCCAGAGCCGGUUACUGGCCAGUGGAGUUCCAGCACGUGUUCUGUGUCCUGCAAACUUUGCCCAGAGGGUUCCUGCACAAGCCCAAAAACCUGUAUUGUCAACCCAAAAACUGUCCAACAACCAAACCACGCAGCAGCUCCGACCCAAACCGCCCCAGCAGGCAACUGUGCGACCUCAGGCUGCAAGCAAGAGCAGUGAGAAACCUGCCCAGGCUGCAGCACCUGCAAAAGACCCUGAAGCAGAAAGCACCUCUAAACAGAAAAGCGAAGAGACUGCCAAGAAGAAAACUGAAGAGACCAAAAAGAAAAGUGAAGAAACUAAAAAAAGGCAAUGGUCUCUUGAUGAUUUUGAAAUUGGUCGUCCUCUGGGGAAAGGAAAAUUUGGGAAUGUGUACCUGGCACGUGAAAAACAGAGCAAAUUUAUCCUUGCCCUGAAAGUGCUCUUUAAAACACAGCUUGAGGAAGCUGGUGUAGAACAUCAACUACGAAGAGAAGUGGAAAUACAGUCUCAUCUUAGGCACCCCAACAUUCUCAGAUUAUAUGGCUACUUCCAUGAUGUGACAAGAGUCUACCUGAUCCUGGAGCAUGCACCUCGUGGAGAAGUCUACAAGGAACUUCAGAGGCUCACCAAGUUUGAUGAGCAAAGAACUGCUACUUACAUCACAGAACUUGCAGAUGCCCUCUCGUACUGUCACUCCAAGCGUGUGAUCCACAGAGACAUCAAGCCAGAGAACUUGCUGCUUGGAUCUAAUGGAGAGUUAAAAAUUGCUGACUUUGGGUGGUCUGUGCAUGCUCCAUCCUCUAGGAGAACAACUCUCUGUGGGACACUUGAUUACCUGCCUCCUGAAAUGAUUGAGGGAAGAACACAUGAUGAAAAGGUGGAUAUCUGGAGCCUGGGAGUUCUGUGCUAUGAAUUCCUUGUAGGGAAACCACCUUUUGAAACACAAACCUAUCAAGAAACCUACAGAGCUAUUUCCAGGGUGGAGUUCAAGUUUCCUCCAUUUGUAACAGAAGGUGCAAGGGAUUUAAUUUCCAAGCUGCUGAAGCACAACCCCUUCCAUCGCCUGCCCCUGAAGGAUGUGCUGCUCCACCCCUGGAUCACAGCAAACUCUACCAAGACUCCCACCAGCAGGAAGAGCGAUGGUGCUGCCCCAUCCAAAACAUAGUGUUAGGAGGGUGACCUGUGGGGGAUCAAGAGGAACCUUGUACUGUGACUACUGUAAUGCUUACAAUAGGAAAAGCAGGUCUGGGAAUCUAGUGGCAAUUGGGAUGCAAAUCCUUGGGUUGGCUGAUGUCUUAAACUCAAAUUGCAGCAUAACAUUAUUUGAUUUCUAGCUGGAGCUUGUGGAAUAUUUAAUGUACUUGAAAUCAGUUCCAUGUGGGCCAGGUUUCCUGAUAGAAAUAUGAAGCUGUUGGAGGCUCUUGUGCUGAAAAUGGUUCGUUGUUCCACCACAAGGAAGUUGUUCUGGCUUGUGAACAGUGCAAUAUCCUGGAGAUGCCUGCUCCUCCCUCCCUGGGCUGCUCAGGGUCUCUUAGCUGUGGUAUAACCUGAAACUGAGCAGGGUGAAUGCCUUUGUUAAGUGUUCUAAAAAUGAUGUGGCAAUUGGUUUUUGUCUCUAGUUUUAAAUGUGAGCAAAGAGUUUGUAAAAUAAAGACUUGUUAUACUGCACCCAGCAGGGUGGAUUCUCUGUGGCAUUGCUGGGCUCCAGCACAGCUCAACUCCUGGUCCCAGAGGUGAAUUCCCCAAGUGUAAUUCCCACCUCUGUCAAAAAGGAAGCUCAAAGUGCUGGUUUCAGAGUCAUUCACCAUCCCACAAUCCCAAUUUAGGAUUACAAGGUAAGUACCAAAUGUGUUGCUACUUAACCUGCUUGC